GGUGUUGCCCCGGCAACCGUCUAUAUUUAUCGAAGGAAAUAGAGCGUUCAACUCGCUCGCACUGUGAAUAAUGCGCGUUACGUGACAUCAAUGGACGAUGAUAGCACGAGGUUUCAAUGGAUCUUUGUGUACACAAGUGAGUUUAACUUAGCUUUAAACAGUGACAAAUAUGUCGGAAUGGUACAUUAACACAAGUGUUGUACUGAAAUUUUUGGAAUAUUAACUUUCGUGUUUGUACAACAGUGUAUAUCGUCGAUUAUCGGGUUCAUGAUAAAGCGGACUAGAUGUGUGUACAUUUUCCUCUCAAAGGUGAUAACAGAAUGGCUUGGUAACAGAUCUUUGCCAGAGAAAACAGACAUGUACCCAUGGUAACAAACGUGUGCCCUUGGUAACGGACCUGUGCCCUUGGUAACAGACCUUUGCGCUUGGUAACGGACCAUUGCCAGAGGAAACGUACUUGCACUUGUGGUAACGGACCUUUGCCAUAGGAAACAGACCUGCGCUCGUGUUAACGGACCUGUGCCCUUGGUAACAGACCUUUGCUUGUGGUAAAGGUCCUUUGCCAUAGGAAACAGACCUGCCCUCGUGGUAACAGACCUUUGCCAUAGGAAACAGACCUGCGCUUGUGGUAACAGACCAUUGCCAUAGGAAAUAGACCUGCGCUCUUGGUAACGGACCUUUGCCAUAGGAAACAGACCAGCGCUCGUGGUAACAGACCUUUGCCAUAGGAAACAGACCUGUGCCCUUGGUAACAGACCAGUGCCCUUGGCAACGGACCAGAGGAAACAGACCUGCUGUGUGGUAUUGGACCUGGGCUAGAGGUUACAGGCCUGUGCCAGCGAUUACAAACAGAUACCUUCAUGCUGUACCAAUUUAAAGAGGGAAAGGAAAAGGGCUGUUAGAGGAAUGGGUCAGAUCCAGUCUAACCAAGAAGGUGAGGAGCUAAGCGCCCUUGAGGGUACAUCCGCCCGAAUGGAGGCCGGUUCAGGUUACCUCUCUAUGGAGGGAAAAGAAGGGGCUUCGAAUAUGUCGUCCGUUGCCACAGCCUCGAAAGAAGAUGUAAAUAAAGUCGGCUGCGUUAAAUCUCGAAUUGAUAAUCUAAUAGAGAAGUGCUUGCUUGUCGAUGGAAUGCUGGAUCAGGAAUCGGAAGAUAGUAGUUCGUGUAGUAGAUUUAAAGGAGGGAAUACUAAUGCGAAACAUAAGCAACAGUCUCGUGUUGAAAAGGAGGAAAAUAAUGAGAGAAAAAGAGAUGAAGAUAUUAAAGACAAGGGUAAUGAUGAUAGGAGAGGGAGUGUGGAAAUUAUUAAAGUUGAGGAGCCCAAAGCUCUGAAUGAGCUAAGAAACUACGAUGACAAAAAUGUUGACAAUGGUCCUGAGAAGGAAAACUCUAAAAAUGAUCAAAUAAAAGUCUCUGAUUUUAUAUCUGAAAAGGUGAAUUCUGAAAUCACACAGUCACACAUGUUACAAAUUCAGAAAAAGACGAUAACUACUUUCAAUACAUUUAUUGAUAAGGUGUUGGAUACUACACUUCAAAAUGAAAUUGUGCAAGAGGAGGUUAAAACAUCCGAGCCAAGCAUACUAGAACUGUGUAAUGAAUCUCUUUUGCAAAAAGGAACUGAAGUAAAGAAAGAAGUUAGUGAUUUAAAAAGUACCUGUAUACCUUCCGAGUCGAAAAAAGGAAAAAUAACCUUAAAGGAUCACAUAGAGAAACUGUUAGAACAAAGUAUCCAACAAGAGAUUUUUACUGAAGAUGAUAAUGUUCGAAAGCCAGUAAAAGAGGUGAAUAAAAAACCUGAACUCUUAAAUGCUCAAGGACUUAUAAAUGAGAUGAUAUAUCAGGGAUUAAAAGGGGACACUGGUAGUCCUAGAAGCAGUAGUAAAAGUGAAAUUUCUCGCAAAGCCACUAGCAAUAGCAGUGAAAAUGCUCAACAAAGACAGCAAAAGAUAAAUGAAAAAGUGAUGGCAUCAAAAUCCCAAGGAUUAAUUGGCCAGUCAUUUAGUAGAGACUCAAAUCCUAUGUCCCAGGCACGUGGAUAUGAACAACAUGCUCGCUCAAAUCAACCUGAUCCCCGGUGCAAAGAUAUUUAUAAUAGUAAUUCAAAAACUGAUCCCAGGGAGUCAUACAUUCAUCAGGCUUACAGAAAAAACAUUCCUCCUGAACGGGCCCCAGAAUUUUAUGGCAAACAAGGCAUGAGAAAUAUGGAGCAGCAGUAUACUCAGCAUUUACAUCCAUUCGCAAACAAUGACUAUUAUCGCAAUGUUGCUGCCAUGGGUCGUUUGAGUCCUGGCCAGGCUUCCGACCCAAGGUCCUAUCUACUACCUCGUGAGAGCAAACAGCAUUACCAUCCUCGCGACUGUAUGUGUCCGAUGUGCCUUCAAAGCGGGCACAGUCAGCCAAAAAUGGAUCACUUGAGUGUUGAGAUGCAGCGUGAAAAAUAUUCCCCAAACAUGGCUCCCCAUUUACCUAAUGUCUACAACUAUAGAGAAUCAAUGGUCAGGCCAUCCCAUGCUUCCUUGUCUCCAAAUUACGCGUACCAGACGCAACAGAAAGUCAGUCCUAUUCAUGCUAAUAUGUCGCCAGGAAAAGAACAUCUGGCAAAUUUGAUGCCACCAGGUGAAAUACUUUCGCAUAGUAUGCAACCUGGACGCAGAGCUAGUAUUCCUGAAAAUCAUCCGUCAGUUGCUGCAUACAGGAGAAAAGUAAAUGAAGACAAUAGGGGCUAUUAUCAGAAAAGCCAGAAUUAUGCUGGCCCAAGACCUUCAUCAGUUCCAUCUCAGGAGCGCCCUAGCCCAGCAAACAUCCCCAGCCACCAGAGCUUGCGGCCUAAAGAAUUCACACGGACACUAAGCUCCCAUUCAGGGGGGUCCGAUAGCUCAGACGGGCCACUUGACCUCAGCAUCAAAAAGCCAAUGGAGCCAAUGAAUAGGAGUAGAACUUUAAGUAACAGCGCACCUCACCAGCAAAAGCGUGGAUCAACUGUGAAUUCUUUCAUCAGACAUUUAGAAAACAGUGUUGACAAGUACUGGCAGGAAAUAAAUUCACCGUCAAGUUCGCCAAAUGGGUCUCAGUCUCCUAACAAUCAUUCAAUGAUGUCGGAGAGUGGAGGAAUUCCACCUGGUUACCAAGGCAGCAGUCAAAGUGGUAACUCCUUGCCUAGUGGGCCUCAACAAAACUACAUGCCCCACAGACACCUCCCUUCUCCUCAGUUUGCAGGGGGAAUAACUGUUGGGCAGCCCUUGGUUAAUAUCGAGAGAAACCAGCAAACCCCUGGCGACGUGCAAUAUGAUUCUCAGUCUCAUUCUCAACCCCAGAUCUCAGCUAAUGCUUCUCAACAAGAUGGUGGAAGGUAUUCUGCUAACAAUGUUUCUAAACAUGAACCGAUUCAAAAUAUCAUUGGUCACCAUGAUCCAAAUGACAUUCUGUACUUGAUUUGUAGACUAUGUACCCACACAUAUGGAAGUCCCUAUGCUUUCAGAAAACACUUCCGGAGCAAUCAUGGGUUUGAACCUAGGGCUGACCACACAAUAGUGCAGACUAUAUCAGCUACUAAGACUGCCAUGCACAUUCCCCAGACUUAUGAAUCACAGGAAAUGAUGCAACAGUCAAGGUCACCGCUGGAAAUAGCGGGAACAUACAGCCGAGGGGAAAGGAAUGUACAUAAAGGCUCAGUAUCUCCAGAUGACAAUAAAAGCCAUACUUCUAGUGAUGACAGUGAUGGUUUGCUUACUCAGAAAUCCAUGUCUUCAGAAAAAAGUGAAACUAAGUAUCUGGAGUGCCCAAAUUGUGGUAAGACGUUCCAAUUGAAUGACUUUGGUUCGUACAAACGACACUGUCGCCAACAUGGAAAUAACAUGAGUGGACCUUUUACGUGUACACAUUGUCACUUGCAUUUCUCGGACCAGAAAUCGCUGCGGGAACAUUACAUAAUGCAUGUUAAAGAUAAUCAAAAGUCAGAUCGGGAUGUAGAUAUGGAAUGUAAGAUUGAUAUUAAAGUAGAAUCUCCUUCUCAAAUGUGCUAUCCCUGUAACAAAUGUGAGUUAAAAUUCGACAGCAUUCAUUCUUACACACAACAUGAAGCCAGUCACAGCGCUGCAGACAUUAAACAUGGUACAAAUUCAAUGGAAACAGUGAAUAUUCCAAAAGUAAAAACUGAAAAUUCUACUAAAGACGUUGAUGUUGUUACUAGUCAAACUAGAGUUGUAAAACAGGCUGCCGAGUCGAUGACAUCACAAAUGUGUCCCGACAGCAGUUGGGAUAAUGUGGUUAAAGGCAUCGCCACAUCAAACAAGCCCGACGAAGUAGGUUCGGAGGAUCAGAAUUCUCCAAAAUCAGAGAUUACUGUGGAUAAAUUGGAUGAUAAAUCUGAUACAAAUUCUAUUCAGAAAGUCAAUGAUGCACCAUCAGAAUGUAGUGACACAACGUCGCAAGAUAGCUCUGAUUUUCUGUAUAAACAUAAGAAAUUCUUCCAUCACAGAAAGCGAUCUUCGUUGACACAAGAUGGCCCGGAAGCAAAAGUGUUAAAAUCAGAUACGGAGCCUCCAGCAGUUUCAUCCCCACAGAUUACAACAGUAUCAACUCCGCCAAAAUUGACAACAGUGAAUAUAGGUUCUUGUGACUCGUCAGGAUCUAAUGACAAGGCAGCCCCUUCCCCUGACAUGGGCAUUGUUAAAGAUGAUGCUCCAAGUAAGACCAUGACAAGUGCUCCAGCGAAGAAAGAAGAAAAAACUGCUGGUACGGAGGUUCGGACAGAGGCUAGGCAUAACCUUCCGUUUGUAUGGGACAGACCAACGAGAAGUCAAAAAAAACUUUAGUGGCUGAUUUCUGUAUUCACAUAAAUGCUCUUGUUGUUUAAUUGACUCUACAACAUUCUUUAUUUCUGUUUGAGGGACCAUUAUUUUUGCUUUGUGCUUCAGUGUUUUUUCUUGUAUCAUUUCUUUUAAAGCAUCAAGCGAACUAAAGAAAUAUUCAAUUGAUGGUGUAAAAUACUUUAAAAAGUGUUGUCAACUGUUAAUAUUUUCUUGUAAAGGGCUUCUUAUUCAUAUUGAAUACUUCUGAUUUAUUUUCAGUUAGGAAUUUUCUGUUACUGGUCCUUUUUUCUCUUGAUCUUUUUUUUUCAUGUCUUUUUAUUGUCACCAGUGGUCCAUAGUUAAAUAUUUGCUAUAUUCUUAACAUUGAUAUAUUAAAUAGGAAUGAGUAGUAAAUUCUUCUCUUAAUUGAUGAAUAUUCUAACCUGAUAAAUUUAUUUAACGGUACUUUAAUAUUAUUAAGAGAUAGAGUAACAGUGCAAAGCAUUUAUAUAUGAAUUGCUAGUGAACUUAAUUGACAUAUUAUGGAAGUUUAUGUUUAGGGCAGAUGUCCAUGUUUUCAAUCAUUUAACAAAGUACAGGAUAAAGGAUAUUGUGUAACUCAUUCAGGAAACAUGAUCAUUUGUAUCAUUACAGUCAUCAAAGUUAGACUUUUGAAUAAACAAGUUUCUGACAAUUUACUGCUGGGCUUUAACAGUUGUAACAAGCCCUGCUGUAUAAAAAUCAGAUAUGGAGCAAGCCCUGCAAAGCUUUUACCAGUUCUUUAAAGUCUAUAAAGUCUGCCAUUGGUUACGAAAAAUACCACUUGCAUCAUGGAGAAAGUAUUCUCAGCUGAGUCUGAGUCUGAAAUCAUAAGUCAAUGCAAAAUUUAAAAUAGUCUCAGCAUAGCCUGAGUCUGAGACGGAGUCUGAGUUUUAGUCUAUAAAAAAUGUAUGUGAAUACCGCCGCAGGGCGUGUGGACUUGUGCUUAUUGCAACCACUGGGCAUGAAGUCUUACCACAAGUCUCCGACUGUUCUGAGACAAUGGCCCGUCUCUUCCAGGUUUUAAACUCGUAAAUACAUAUCAUAUUUUCUUUUCAUCUUUUUGUUUGUUUACUUUAACAAAAAACUAAGUUUACAUCCACCCCAGUUGUAUUCCUAUCACCUUCAGGCUUGAAGGAGGUAACUUACUCUCAAAUUAAAUAGAAUUUUUGAGAUUAAGCCAAGUCAGAAGCAAAUGAAAAUAACAUCGUGUUGCCAAUUUAUUUUCCCAACAACUCUGUUCUUUGUGAACAUUAACACUGUUACUGUUAGCUUGAAAAUUCCACAAAAUUCAUUCAUACACAUGGCCAUAUGCCAGAUUUGACCAGUGCAGGGCUUGACGGCUUAUGUUAAUUGGGGAUUGUGUUAAUUGCAACUAAACUCUUUAGAUAAGACAAUGUGCAAUAAGGUCAUGGCUGUAAUUUGAGGGAUGAGGGACAAAAUGAUCUAACUGGUUCUGUUUUAAAUGUUACUUACAACCCUUCAUUUCAUCCUCUCAAUUUAACUAGUUGAGACCUAGGGUCAAUUGAUCAAGAUCCUAGGAGCAAUUUUGUAUGAAGGACAUAUUUCUUACAGUAUCACUGCACUGUUGAAAACCUCUCGUUCAUUGAUUUGUACAAAAUUGCUCCGAGGAUUUACGGUGAAAUGGCACCAAGCAGGUCCCAAUAUCACAAAAAUAUUCAAGUCAAAUCUCAAUCUCAAUUCAUUUUACCAUAUAAAAGCAUAGUAUGAUUAAAAUUUUUGCAUUUUUUAUACGUCUUUUCUCAUAGAUUGUGUUGAUAAAAGUGUUUGUCAAUAUUUUAAAUAAAACUAAUUCUAUAACAAAAAAUGUACUUUAGUAAUUGUUAAAAAACCCCAAUAAUUUGUACUCCAGUACGUUUUUGGGCGUAGCAUAUUUUCCCCUUGGAAUCUAGACCAAAGGUCAAAAAGGUGUAAAAACAUGUAUUAUUUUUAAAAAAAACUUUUUUAUGUGGUAAAUCAAGUUGAGACUGAGAUUGAGAUUUGACUUAAGUAUUUUCGUGAUAUUGGGGCCUGAUCUUUUGAGCUCACUCGAGUAUAAUUGUUAAAAGUGCUCAUUUUGUAUAAUAUGAUUAUUGCUAUUGUCCGCUCUUAUUCCUAUAUGAAGUCUGUAUAGAUUGUUGUUUUUUGUUACAAUGUUAACUGUAUUGUAUAUUACAAUGAUUAAAACAGAGAUUGAGAAUGUGUAUGGAUAUUAACAUCACACAUCUUGUAUUUCAUUGCAUUAGCCAUUUGUUCUUCAUAUCAAGAUCUUCGUGAGAAACAUUUUUAUGAUUAAAGAAUCUGUGAUACAGCAGUCUUGUAUGUGGGCGUUUUGCGAAGGUUGUAAGUACUCUUGUGUUAUAAAUGUAUAACAAGUUACGCCUUGCGUCUGUUAACAGCUCAACAAAAUUAGGCAAUUUCCACAAAACUUUAGAUGAACAUUUGGAAUAAAAUGGUAUUGGGGAAGACAAAUAUUAAAGGGCAGACCACUUCAUACUUUAAGACCUAUAUGAAGCAAUAUUGUUCUAUAGUGAAUUGAAUUUAUAUGAAAAUAUAUGCACAAGUUUUAAGAGCGGAGUUAUAUUGUGCAUCAUCAGUGGCACGAUAUUUGUUUCGCACUAGAAUGAGUGCAGAUACUUUUAUAAAAAUUUAAUUACCAUUCUAUUACGUAUGGUUAAACAAUAAAAUGUCACUUUAACUCAUUAAUUGCAUUGUGAUUAUUUUGUUUUUAUGAAGAUAUAAAUAAUUCAACACAUUAUGUUUAUUCGCAAAGAUGUUAUGAUUGAAACACUGAUUUGUGAACAUUGCUUUUCAACCCUUAGGGUAAAAUAAGUGUUUCUUCGCAAUAAUCAUUAAAUGUUUAUUUAGGAAAAAUACUGUUGCCUGCGGUAUCAUUUUGUAUGUAUGAAUAUUUAUGUUAACUGAUUAAAAUUGUGAUUUAAUAUGA